AUGAUCCAUGUGCUUCAAUUCCCCUAUAAUGGAGAGCCCCCAAGAAAACGCUUAGUAGAAUCAGAGAUUACAAGCAACCCGGACUUCUUUGUUCGCAACCACGGCGGUGUACCAGAGAUUAACGGGAACGAAUUCUUCCUUGAGAUUGGCGGUUUUGUUAAGAAUCCGAGAAAGAUCAGCCUCUCAGAACUGCAGAAUGAGAACAUAUUCCCUCGCCAAACAAAUGUUGUCUCCCUGCAGUGUUCUGGUACUCGUCGCAUAGAACAAAUCCACGAAUAUCCUGGAGAUGGUGACGAGCUCAUCAAUGCGCCAUGGGGUGAAGGUGCGAUUGGCACUGCGCGGUGGACAGGGGUCUCGCUGAAGAAAGUCAUCAAAUACUGCGGUGGAUUGACACCCGAAGCUGGGGCUGGGCACCUGGAGUUUUUCGGCGCCGACACGUACUUUAAGAAAGGUCAUGUCAUGAAUUACUUGGUGUCUGUUCCUUGGCGCAAGGUCAAACUUGAUGAGGUGCUAUUAGCAUGGGAGAUGAACGGUGAGCCUUUGCCAAAAAUACAUGGGUAUCCUCUCCGCGCCAUUGUAUUCGGCUAUAUCGGAGCUCGCUCUUGCAAAUGGCUGUAUCGUAUCGACGCCAUCUCAGAGCCGUCGCUUGCGCCGGUACAACGCAAGGAAUAUUUGUACUACACCCCGCAAGUCGGUAAGCAGAACGCCAUGUACAGCAACGGCUUCAGCAUACAAGACAUGCCCGUCUCGAGCGCCAUCAUGACUCCUCAAGAUAAAGAUCAGAUCAUUCACGAUGGAAAGAUCAAACUGCGAGGGUGGGCUUACAGCGGCGGAGGUCACUGGCCCAUCCGAGUUGAGGUAAGUGGCGACGGCGGAAGCAUCUGGUACGAGGCUCCAUGGGAAAAAAUGACCAAGAAGUAUUAUCAUGCCUGGAGGCUAUGGGAAAUCGAUCUUCCCGUGGACGCUGAAGGAUGGCUAGAGUUUUGUGUGCGAACAUGGGACAAUGCUCUCAAUACUCAACCAACCUACGUUCGCUCUGCUUGGAUCAAGAUAUACAGCAUCAACAAGUCAAAGCCCGUCACUGCUGCAAGACUGAAACUGCUCGAGGAGAAGGGCAUUUCUAUUGUGCCAAUCACGAAACCACUGGAGUUCGACUUAGAAUCUGACCAUGAUUGGAAAAUGGCCAUGCAAGCCAGGGGAGGGCGCGACCCAGAGGAAUAG